AUAAAUAAAUUACGGUAUGAAUAAACUCUAGCAGAUUUCUCAGAAGUGAAGUUCUUUUAAAACAUGCUGGUGUCUCUCUCGCAACGUGUUGUAAUUAGAGUGCAAACUCUUAAUUUACAAAGUAACGUUUGAGCAGCCUCACCCCCAUCAGAAGCAGUGAUACCAGGUACUGCCUGGUACCAGGCUUUUAAAGUAGAGGGUUUUAAUCUUGCAGAUUUAGAACAGUAGUUCUGUUAUGUCUUGUAAACUGGUGCUUUAAUUAGUCCUCAUAUGCCUGGUAGCAAAUAAAGAAACAUACAGUAGCGUGUAAGCAUUGUUCUAAUACGUGGCUUUGUUCUUUGAAGUAGCUGCUGCUCUUGUUUCUCUCGGCUGGUUCCUUGAUGUAUUUAAAGCAAGUUGACUUCACAUGUCUGAGUAAUUGCCACUCCCAGCGUCAUUUAUGGAGUGAGCAGGUGAAACUGCGGUUGCAAAGGCUGACUCUUGAUGACAGCAUUGUUGUAAAUACCAGAGGAAUGACAGCUACCAACCCCGGGGACUUCCCUGUGAGUGGUUUGCAGAGCUGAUUCAGAAGUCCUUGUGGCUCUGCCUUCCUGCUCAUCACAGGCUGCUGGGCUGGAGGCAGCCUUUGGUAACGGACAGGAAUUCCUUUUGGCGUGAAUGACAGAGGAGGUGCCCCCGACUGCACUUACGGACGUAAACCUGCGUCUUCUUUGCCACGAUGACAUAGACACAGUGAAACAGCUCUGUGGCGACUGGUUCCCAAUAGAGUACCCUGACUCAUGGUACCGAGAUAUCACUUCCAACAAGAAGUUCUUUUCACUCGCAGCCACAUAUAGGGGCUCCAUCGUGGGAAUGAUAGUGGCAGAGAUCAAGAGCAGAACAAAGGUGCAUAAAGAGGAUGGAGACAUCCUAGCUUCCAAUUUUCCUGUGGACACUCAAGUUGCUUACAUCUUAAGUCUUGGAGUGGUGAAGGAGUUCAGAAAACACGGAAUAGGUUCGCUCUUGCUCGAAAGUUUAAAAGACCAUAUAUCGACGACUGCCCAAGAUCACUGCAAAGCCAUCUACCUGCACGUCCUCACCACUAACAACACAGCAAUAAACUUCUAUGAAAACAGAGACUUUAAACAGCACCACUAUCUUCCCUAUUAUUAUUCCAUCAGAGGGGUCCUCAAAGAUGGCUUCACCUAUGUCCUGUACAUCAAUGGCGGACAUCCACCCUGGACAAUCUUUGACUACCUACAGCACAUUGGAUCAACGCUAGCCAGCCUGAGCCCCUGUUCCAUUCCCCAGAGGAUCUAUCGACAAGCCCAGAGCCUUCUCUGCAGCCUUCUGCCCUGGUCUGGCAUUUCUGCCAAGAGCGGCAUUGAAUAUAGCCGGACGAUGUGACUGGAUGGGAAGAUGUACAAAAAGCGAAGGAUUGUUCUUCCUUUCAUCUCCUGAACCAUCCGGCUCUGCACUGAUUCCAGUGAUGGUGGCCCUUGGUCAGUGACCCAGCCCCUGGACGGACUCCUCGUUCCACAGGUUGACCGAGUUUUGGCAGACUUCACACUUGACGGGCUGCAGCCCUGACUUACCCCCGUGGCCUGCAGCCUGCGAGCGCUGCCUGGGCGGGCCUGGCUGUCGUGCGAGGCGUAUGGCUGUGCCGUAGCUGAGGGCCCUUUACGUCACCGGUCUGUGUGCAUGUUGCACUGUCCCCACCACUUCCCUUGCCUCCGGUUUGCUCCUAUUCCUAUCCGUGAUGUGGGGGGGGUUCAGUUGCUGCUUCCACACUGAAAGCAGUCUGAAUGAGGUUAACGAAUCUGCACUGACCAACCGUGUAAUUGAGCCAUAAGCGCCCUGGCAGGCCAGUGCUGGCAGAAUACACACUCAUGCCCUUGUCGCAGGGGAAGGGGGAGCGAGGAUCCUGUCUGGGUGCUGCCAAGUCAGCUGCUGGUGCUUCCUGAGGGUAACUUCCAGGGACGGUAACUGCCUCGCAUGAGAAACUACCCAGCCCCGCCAGCCCUCUGGAGUGACUUAAAAAGAAGCGUUUAAUUCAGGAUGAAUCAAGUAGAAGGCAGGGAAUGAAAUUGCUAUUUCAUAGUGAAAUAUAUAUAUUAUACUGUAUAGAUCUUUCUGCCUGUGUCCAAGUGGGAACGUAGCUGGGGAGGGGAGCUGGGGGUGUAGAGCCACUGCUGCAGCCAGAGCCGUGCGGGGUCUGGUCCAGAGCCCUUCUCCCCCCAGCAUCCACGCUCCUGUGGCACCGGGGCUGGACUCUUCCAGGAUCUUUAGGGAUGAGCUCUGUGCACCGAUCACAGCAGCUUGUCUUUGCUGAAGAAAAGCUCCCCUGGCUGCUCGCUGGAGUGCUUCAGGCCGCAGCCUGGGCAUCGCCAGGGGGUGGUGUGGGUGGAUGGGCUCCCUGUGGCUGCCCAGGAGCCUCCUGGCCUGGCUGGGGGACCCCCUGUGGCUGUGCCAGAUGGGGGCUGCAUCUCACCUCCAGCCUGCGUGGAGGCCCCAGCGUGCCCGUGUGCCACAGCCAGGCCGGGCGCCCUUCCUGCGCCUCCGAGUGAGUUUGGGGGAGCACUUUGCUUUUAUGGUGGGAGUCUCUGCAGCUCACCCAGGCCAGGCAGGUGUCAGAGGUGCAGGUAUCCCUGCUCCCUGCUGGGGUCCCACUGUGCAUUCCUGAGGCUCUUCCCCUGCUCAGUCAUGGUCCUUGUUCCCCUCUCAUUUUGAAACUGGGACUUGAGCAAAGGAGGGCUAAGCUGCAGCUGGUGCGGAGCCUGGAUGUGUGGGCAGUGCCAGCUCUGGCAGGAGGUGUGGGGAGGGGGGGUGAGACACAACACUGGUCAGGCUUGGACGGGGAAGAGGAAGCCUGCACGUUGAGCUCUUGCAGCCCAGAUGAUUGUACAAAGCCCUCUCAGGGUCUGUAAGCCCCAGAGGUGGGAGUUAAUUAAUAAAAGGGUGCAGAGCUGCGCUUGCUGUGCAUGGUACCAUGCUGCUUCCUGAGAAGCAGGGGGGGGACUGGGACCAACUCCCUGCUCUGCCCACGGGUGCCCCAGGGCUGGCACUGUGGGCUGCUGCUCAGCUGGGUGGUGGCUGGGGCACAGAAAGCCCUGAGGGGGGGGCGCAGCUCCCCCAGUGGCCCAGG